AGAGGAGAGCGGAGCGGGCUGGAGAGAGGACCAGCCUCCUCCGCGGGACGUCCAGCGGGGAUUUAACCGUUCACUCUCGGGUACAGCCCACUUCGGCACGGGAUGGAUCCCAAGAGCCGAACAUGCGUUUCCCUCUGUGAUUUGAAGAUUCUUUGACAAUCAGCAUUGCUAAAAGGAGGGCUGGACUUUACGCGCGGCUUGAUUUGCUCGAAGUGGAUUCAGGCGGUUCCACGUGGAUGACUUCACUGACACUUUUACGUCUCGAGAAUUUGUUGAUGUUAAACAUGUACUGCACGUCAAGUCUCGCGCUAUUCUCCACGCAGACUUGCACAGUGUGAGCCAGAAGCAUGCCGCUGGUGGCGUGGGUCCCGGUGGCUCUGCUGCUGGGCUUCAUCAUCUCGCAGACGUGGAGCAUUCACAUGUCGUGGGAAAAUCGAGGCACGCAGCCGCACAUCAUUUUCAUCCUCGUGGACGACCAAGGUUUCAGAGAUGUCGGGUACCACGGCUCCGAGAUCAAGACCCCCGCCAUAGACCGGCUGGCGUCGCAGGGGGUCAAGCUGGAGAACUACUACGUUCAGCCGCUGUGCAGCCCGUCCCGCAGCCAGCUCAUGACCGGCAGGUAUCAAAUCCAUACUGGCCUUCAACACUCCAUCAUCAGACCAACUCAGCCCAACUGCCUGCCUCUGGAAAAUGUCACCUUACCCCAGAAGCUAAAGCAGGCCGGCUACUCCACUCACAUGGUCGGCAAAUGGCACCUUGGCUUCUACAAACGAAACUGUCUACCUACUCAACGUGGCUUCGACACUUUCUUCGGCUCUCUGCUCGGAAGUGGAGAUUACUACAGCCACUACAAAUGUGAAGGUACAGGGAUAUGCGGGUACGACCUGUACGAAGGCGAGGAGGCAGCUUGGGACCAGGAUCACGGAAUGUACUCGACUAUGAUGCUAACCAGAAAAGCUAUUAGCAUCUUGGCUAACCACAACCCUAAUCAGCAACCGCUAUUUCUUUACUUAGCAUUUCAGGCAGUUCACUCUCCACUGCAAGUUCCGGCGCGAUACCUCGAGCGCUAUAAAGGAAUCCCGAACUUAAUACGACGGAAGUACGCCGCCAUGGUGUCUUGUCUUGACGAAGCCAUCCACAAUUUGACGAUGGCGUUGAAGCGUUAUGGCUACUAUGACAACACAGUUAUAGUGUACUCCUCAGACAAUGGAGGACAACCGCUAGCUGGUGGUAGCAACUGGCCUUUGAGAGGUAGCAAGGCGACAUAUUGGGAAGGUGGCAUCAAGGCAGUUGGUUUUGUCCACAGUCCAUUAUUGAUGAACAAGGGGACUAAAUGUCGUUCUUUGGUCCACAUAACAGACUGGUUUCCUACCUUGGUGACUCUUGCAGAAGGUACCUUGGAGGAAGAUCUAAACUUGGAUGGGUAUGAUGUUUGGGAAGCUAUCAGUGAAGGUCGCCCAUCUCCACGCCAAGACAUUUUACAUAAUAUUGACCCGAUUUAUAUCAAAGCAAAAAACGGUUCUUGGAAAGCGGGGUAUGGACUAUGGAAUACAGCGGUCCAGGCAGCUUUGCGGGUUGGGCAUUGGAAACUGCUAACUGGGGUACCUGGGUAUAGUGACUGGGUGCCUCCACAGACUUUCUCUACCCAGAGGCUAACCCAUCGCUAUCAUAAUGAAAGGAUACGGUGGGAUAGGGGGAAAUCUCUGUGGUUGUUCAACAUCACAGCAGACCCAUAUGAGCGGGUGGAUCUUUCUCAAAGGUACCCGCAUAUUGUCAAGAAGAUGCUAAUGCGCCUAGCACAUUACAAUAAGACUGCAGUGCCGGUGCGUUAUCCAGCUAAAGACCUCCGCUCCAACCCACAGUUUAACGGAGGGGUGUGGGGCCCAUGGUACAAGGACGAAAAAGAUAGACAAGAUGAGGAACACAUGAACAAUCAUCUGACGGAAGUUUCAAAUAAAAAGCGAUGGAAAAAGAAAUUCAAACAUCGGAAACUGAAAAGGCGAGUUGAGGAGUAAACGAUAAUAUUUGUGAAAAAAAGAUCAUUAAUGUCUCAGGGAUUGACGUGUUCUAUUUCAGGAAUGUACAUCAAAUAAACUAAAACUAGACCACAGUGAACUGAACUGUGAUGUAAUAGUUAGAGUAUGCUGUAGAAACACUUACUGUAAACACUACUGUCAAGCCAAGGUACAAUCAAGACCUCAUGAAUGUUUUGGUCCUGGCGAUGAUUUUUUUUUUCAUAAGGUUGCACAAAUUGGGCCAAAUUGAAAAAGGUGCACUAUGUAACUUUUCUGAUGGAGAGUCUGCCACCAUAGAGAUGUAAUUUCUUUACCUUGUUCCAUUGUACAAUAUUUAGGUUAUACCAUGGAUAUAUUCAAAUAGCAGAUGUUCAUUGAUAAAAAUUACCCAAAAAAAUAUGCAUGCUUACUGUAAGUGGAGUUGCCUGUCCCUACAGAUUUGACUUGGCCUGGUGGCAUCAUGGUGAUAGAUAAGUUUAAUACCCUACUGUGGAACUUUUCAUGCAAAAAAAGGUGACAGAAGCCUCCACUAGAAAAGGUGCAAUAAGAAAAGUAAAAAUCCUCCAUAUUUCAUCUAUUUUCUGAAAUUCAGCAGCAAUAUUAAAUAAUAAAUUUGACAGAUGACAGUAGACUAUUGUAUUGUUUUGCUUGUUUCUUUCUGUUACUGUUGAAAACCCCAUUGCUAAUGCACAGGGGGAAUAAAGCUGUGAUGUUACUUUGAAUAUCAAAUGCAUGUUUUAUACAGGCAUAGAUGACAAUCCAGAUGUAUACUGUACAUGCGGACUUACUUAUAGAGAACUUUUAUUUUUCUAUAUUGUGUUGCAUGCUUGAACUAGUGCACCCUAUCCCUUCCCACUUAGCCUAUUAGAUAUACAGACAGUUGCCAUAUAUUAUGAUGAUAGAUACCAAAUCAACCAUAGGGCUAGUAUAUAAUGUGACAUAAACAGAUGUUGAAUUUAUGUGAUGUAAAAAUGGAUGCGUUGGUUUUAUAAGCACAGUCUGUCUAUCCUUUAUUGAAAGAGUAUGUUCCCCCUGUCAGAUAUGGUCUUUUUGGGACAAGGCCAAAGUGAAUGUAAGACAAACUGACUAAAUAAACGUCAUGGACACU